UUGUUUGACUUUAUAGGUAAAUUAUUGAAUUUAGUCUAGCGCUCAACUAAUUUCUUUCAACCAAUUUGCAUGUUUGAGUACUGAUAAAAUUCACAACUACGUUUAACUAGCAACUGUUCUGCCAUAAUCAAUAGUGAUAAGCUUUUGCAAACAUUCAUUCGAAAUAACAUAACUAAAAUUAUCGACACUUUGACGGAAUAUAAAACUAUUAUAAUUCCUACCUACGUGAACAGUCCUGGUUGAAAUUCUACAAAAUGUGUAACAUUUUAUUCACUGGAAUAAUACUAUUUAUUCUUAAUGUAAAUUUUUGUACAGCAGCAAGAGACCAAGAUACGCUAGAACUUGUCCAUGUUAUUUUCCGCCAUGGCAACCGAACUACCAUUCCAGAUAUGAUUUAUCCGUCUGAUCCGCACAUCAACGAAACCUAUUAUCCUUUCGGGCAAGCAGAGUUGACACUGGAAGGAAAACGAAACGCUUACAAUUUCGGAGUGGAAAUUCGCGCGAGGUAUCAGAGUUUUCUCAACGAGACCUACUUCCCACCGGAGAUCAAAGCGUUCACAUCCAACAUAUCUCGCACACAGAUGACGCUGCAAUCUGUGUUAACAGCGAUGUAUCCUCCAAUAUAUCCAAAUGUUGUUUUGCCAUAUUUAAUGUGGCAACCCAUAUCUUACGAAACUAUUCCAACAAAUGACGAUACCUUGAUUAUGGUUAACUGUUCCAAAAAACUCGAGACACCGGUAAAAAGAGACCAAGAAUUACAAAAUUUGUACGAUUAUGUCAGUGCACACGCUGGAAAAAAGAUGAUUGACUCUAAUGAUAUUAUGAAUGUGUACAACACAAUUUUAGUUGAGAAACAAAAUGGUUUCCCAGUUCCAGACUGGGCAGAGGAAAUUUUAACAAUGGCAAACUGCAAGAUGCAGCGUUAUCACUUUGGGUUGGUAUAUUUCCAAAACGGACCUGGCAAUGAGCUACGCCAAUUAAAAUUCAAGAAAUGUUCCAAAGAUUUCUGUAAAAUGAAAGACUUCAUAGAAUCGACAAAACAUUUGUAUAUUCCCGAACCAAACAGCAAACUUUGUGGUGUCAUUAAAAGUCUUGAUUUUAGUUCACUAAAAAUGUACCUUAUUUUGUGGCUAAUAUUAAACGUAGUUCCUAAUUUUGAGGCUUUACCGAGCAAACAGGAUUUACUAAAUGAGCUUGUAAAUGUUCCCCCGGCUGAAGACACUUUAUUGUUUGCACAUGUUUUGUUUAGACAUGGAGAUAGAACACCUACGUCAAUUUCAACGUAUGCAAAUGAUCCAAAUAAAUAUGCAUCGUAUUGGCCGAUAGGAGUUGGCCAGUUGACUAAAUUGGGAAUGUUGGAAACCUAUAAACUCGGUUUGGAAUUACGAAAAAGAUAUGACAAUUUCUUGGGAAAUGUUUAUUUUCCUGAUUUAAUUGGUGGUUUAAGUUCACCGAAACCUCGUUGUAAAACUUCAUUGCAAAGUGUUUUCGCUGCAUUGUUUCCGCCGAGUGAAGAAGAGCAAUUUAUAGCUGAUCUUCAAUGGCGUCCAAUUGCUUAUGAAUAUUUAUCAGAUAAUGAGGAUGAUACUUUUGCUUUGUACGAAUGUGACAAUUACUGGAACCUGACUCAUGAAGUAACCGACAAAAGUCUUUUUGAUUUGUAUGAUUACCUAACAGAACAGACUGGGGAACCAAUUCGAAACAGUUCAGCACUUUUUAUCCUGCAUGAAACUAUUUCAGUCACGAUUAAGUUGGGAAAACCUCAACCAAAAUGGGUUUUCAACAUUUACCCGGAACCUUUGCGGUCUGCUUGCCGUGAAGUCUACUACGAUAUGCUCCAGCAACGAUUACGACUGGGUGCUUCCGGUCUUUAUCGUCGUUUAACUUCCGAUAUUGUUAAAAAAUUAGAAGGUAAGUUAUCGCCGCCCAGACGCAAAAUGAUGCUGUAUUCAGCACAUGAACAGACAUUAGUUUAUGCUCUUGGAGGAAUUGAGGCAUACAGUGGGCAAGUGCCUAAAUUGGCAUCUUAUCUUGCCUUUGAGUGGCACUAUAUUAACCAAACUUACGGAUUGAAGGUACUUUUUCAAAAUUAUGACGAGGUUGCUCCUGUGCCUAUUAAUAUUUUACAACAAGGAGAAUUUUGUCCUUUAGAAGUACUUUUAAAUGGAACAAAAUGGUUAACUGAAGGACCUAAACCUUUUUGUCGAAAAUAAAAACAUGGAUUUAACAUAAUCUUUACAAGUUUAUGAUAAUUAUUUAACCUAAUAGUUUGUUCAAAUAUUGCCUUAACGUUGUAAUUAGACUCUAAUCUUAAGUAAACCAUAAAACGUAA